CAACCUUACAACGUGGUCACGCGCCACAACUCAUUGAUGUUCCAGUCCAGUUCAAUUUUGAGAAGCCGUAUAGCAAUGACACUGUCUUGAUCGUUGACUGGGACGGUCCAAAUGACUCCCAGAAUCCUAAAAACAUCGUUUUCUUUUAUGGGUCCAGUUUCUUCCUCCAUGAUCGCUCCCGCGACUGGCCAAGUGGCUUCUACAUUCGGGAUUGACAACGACGUCAUAAAUGCACUCACAACCUCCAUUUUUGUGCUUGCGUUUGCGUUCGGGCCCUUGUUUGUGGGCCCAAUGAGUGAGCUUUACGGCCGGUCACGCGUUUUGCAAGUGGCAAAUCUAUGGUAUCUUGCAUGGAAUUUUGGAUGUGGGUUUGCACAGACAGAAUCCCAGCUCCUUGUUUUCCGAUUCCUCGCUGGAAUGGGAGGCGGUGCGCCCACGUCUGUAAGGUCGGCGGCGGUCUUCUUGGUGAUUGCUGGCGACCAGAAGAGAGAGGAAAAGCCUUCGCGUUUUACUCCUUGGCUCCGCUGUUGGGGGCUUCCUGUGGGACCGAUCACAGGCGCUUGGAUUGCCGAACGCUCUAGCUGGAGAUGGGUGUUUUGGUCUACGUCCAUUGCUGAUGCAGUCAUUCAAAUCCUUGGAGUGUUUUGCCUUCGAGAGACUUACGCGCCUAUCUUGUUGGAAAGGAAAGCAGAGCGCAUCCGCAGAUCGAUGGAUGCCGAAAAAGUGCCUUACGGAGAAAUCCGCACAGUGUUUGACAGGCCAAGAUCGCUCGAAACUGGCAUACCAUCAUGGCCAAAGCACUCAUUCGCCCUUUCGCACUCUUUUUCUGCGAACCAAUCGUCCAGGUACUCGGCCGUUUACAUGGCGUACUUAUACGGGUCACUUUAUAUCAUUUUGACGACCAUACCAUCGAUCUUUCAGGGUGUAUACCAGCAGUCGGUAGGGAUCGCCGGCCUUCAUUACAUCGCGCUGGGCAUAGGGUUGGUGGGGGCGUCUUGUUCAAACGCGAGUAUACUAGACAAGGUCUAUCUUUAUUUGAAGAGCAAGAAAGGUGGAGUUGGAAAGCCAGAAUUCAGAUUGCCUCCUAUGUUUCCCGGCACUCUGCUAUUUAUGAUAGGGUGCUUGAUUUUAGGCUGGGCUGCACAAGCACAAGCACAUUGGAUAGUUCCAGAUAUAGGCAUAGUACUUGCGGGAGCAGGCAUUACUCUGAAUAUCCAGUCUGUACACACUUACAUUGUUGAUUGCUUCACGCUUCACGCAGCUUCCGCGCUGGCCGCCGCCUGCUGUCUGCGGGCACUGGCAGGCUUUGGAUUUCCGUUAUUUGCUCCAGCGAUGUACAGCGCACUCGGAUUCGGGAAGGGCGAUACCAUCCUUGCAGUCGCAGCAUUCGUGUUAGGCUGUCCCGCACCCUGGAUAUUGUGGCGUUAUGGGGAGCGAAUACGGAACAGCAGUCGAUAUGCGCAUCCGUGAUGCAAACAUAAAUGCACCUCGUAUCAUCAACGUUUCGCUUGCCCAUCAUGUAUAUCAUAUUUCCUCUGUGCCAUUCCAACGACUACGCCAUAGCAUAGGAUUAGUGUCUUGGCAUAGAUUUUACAUUGUAUACACCAAACGAUUGUGUAGAUAAUGUAUCUAAUCAAGGUAUUCGCAAUAUCAUAUGAAUAUAUUCCUGUGUAUCCUUCGCCGCCACAAAAC